CGUCUCUCCCGGGCCGUGUCGCAUGCACUGUCAGUUUCGCUCGGAUACUCGUACACGAGUUUCGUCGUGUUACCCUGUACGAUCGUCGCGCUCCUUGUUUCAACGGGGUGAAAACUCCGCUUCGGAGAGAAGAUCCAUCCGCGCGCAGCGCACACUCCACACGCACGCUCCUAUUUCCUCCAAUUCGUUGGACGACACGUUUUGCAAUUGACAGGGAUCGGAUCGCCUGUUUGACGUUAGCCGAAGUUAGCAUUUCGUUUAGCAACGUCGAAUACCGGGAACGCGGUAGUAAUUUUCCGUGGGCCGUCGCUACGAGAGAAGAAUGAAGAUCAGUUGAGACCCGGUUCCAUUUGCAUAAUAGAAUAUAUUUUAAGGAGAGGUCGCGGUGCACGAGCCCCGACGUAAAUGAAUAUUUCCGUUGUCUUGGUCGUUUUCAAACGUUGCUCGAUUUCAAACGACACGGCAGAAUAAAAAAAAAAAAAGGAGAAGCGAAGGAAGGGGUUGUUCGUUUCUCCGUAAUCGUAAUGGUCAAUUAGGCAGUUCACGGAUAGAAAGGCACGUUUCUAGCGGGAAGACGGAGAGAGGCACUAGUGUCGCCAAGUGAAGAAGAGAGACCGGACGAUUAUGGGAAAGAAGUAUCGGGGACGAUUUCUAUGCAUGCCAACGCGUAGAUCUCGAAUAGCGGAGACAUAAUGGCGACAUCCAGUGAAAAACCAUACAAAAAUCGGAUGCCCAUCCCCUAUUCGUAUCCUCUAUUGCGAUUUUGAUCUGUACGCGCUUUUGUCUCGCUGAGAUGCUGUAUCGAACGUUCGAUUCUGGAUUAUCGUACCACACCAGGGGGAGAUUAACGCGUCGUGGAUGGGAUCGCUUCGAUGAAAAUAAUAACUGAUAAGUGAAAGUUUUGCCCCGAAGGAAGAACGAUCGCGUAGAAGACGCGAAAACUCUUUUUUGUUCCUUGCUGCCUCCUCACUUCGUGUUCCUCUUCCAUUUCUCCUCCUCCUCCUCCUCCUCUUCCUCUUCCCGCCCCUCCCUCCCUCCUCCUCCUCCUCUCCUCUACAGCCCACCGGUUGAAACGAGAGCUGCGGUGGAUUUUCUUCUUUUCUUCUGUUUUUUCGUUCCUUUUGUAAAACGCGACGAUUAUAUCGAGCGACAUCGUGUGGAUCGACUAUGAGAGAGAGAAACAAAAAAUGAAGGGUUUAUUUUUUACCCUGGGUCUAUUGUUUUCGGUGCAAAGACUCGCCUGGAGCACGGCUGAUCAGGAGAUGCACGAGAAUCGAGCACUGGAACCGCUCGAUCGUGGGCCUUACUUCGACGUCUCUGCGUCGCGGAACGUCACCGCGCUUGUUGGCAAAACGGCCACCCUCAAUUGCCGUGUACGAAACCUGGGCGAUCGUACGGUUUCCUGGGUAAGGCACAGGGAUAUCCAUCUUUUGACCGUUGGCGUUGAAACAUACACGUCCGACCAAAGAUUCGUGGCAUCACACUUCCCCCGAACCGAAGAUUGGACGCUCCAAGUGAAAUAUCCUCAGCGUCGUGAUUCCGGGACCUACGAGUGCCAAGUGUCAACGACACCACCGAUCGGUCAUUCGAUGCAUCUCUCCGUUGUCGAACCUGUCACGUCGAUCGUCGGGGAACCAGAGAUGUUCAUAAAUAAGGAUAGCACCAUGAAUCUCACUUGCGUGGUACGUCACAGCCCCGAACCACCGACCGCCAUUUAUUGGACCCACGAUCACGAGGUGAUCAACUACGACAGUCCUAGGGGAGGCGUAUCGGUGAUCACCGAAAAGGGGGAAGUUACAACGUCGUAUCUUCUGGUUCAGCGUGCCCAGCCUGCAGAUAGCGGCCAGUAUACUUGCCAUCCGAGUAACGCUAAUACAAAGACUGUUCUCGUGCACGUACUUAAUGGGGAACAUCCAGCGGCGAUGCAACAUGGUGGCCAACUGAGGCUGGCAAAUCUGCCAUUCGUAAUGAUCUCGACGACACUGCUAGCCUUCCUGAAUCAUCGUUAUUGAACCCAGCUAUCGUCGUGGGAUCACGAGACACUCAUUUCGAAUAUUCAUCGAUUAAAUUAACACGUCACUAGUAGCCGGCUUCUGAAAAUCGAGAAUUUAGGCCCACAUUGAGAAGUGGCUGCUACGAGGAGAAAGUGACGACCAUCUUGAAAGUAUACGAAUCACGUUAAAAAAGAAAAGAUAUCGAUGAGAAAUGGAAUGGUAAAGUGAUAUUAUUGAAUCAAGAACAUGGAGUAAGGUCUGUGAAGGAGGGAGGCAGAAUGGUGAAGGUGGAAUCGGACCAUAUUGCGGCACAACGGAUGCUGAAUGCAUUAUAAGAAAAGUAGUCUGUUAUAAUGAAAUAAUAUAAGACUUAAUGUGUAGGAUGUCCCGAAAUUGAACAAUCAAAUCAUAUUUCCUUUACUUCGUGGAUCAAGAUAAUGAAAGAAGAAACACUUGUCAAAUACGUUUUUUCCUUUUUGAAUAACUUAAAAUUAAUUUAACAAUAAUAAAUGUAAUGAAUGUUAGAUCAAAUUUCACUCAGUUUGAAUUGGGAUAAUUCCUUCAUUACUAUUUAUGGAUAAAUAAUGAUUUUAAAUUAAUUUAACAAUAAAUGUAAUGAAUGUUCGAUCAAAUUUCACUCAGUUUGAAUUGGAAUGAUUCCAUCAUUACUAUUUAUGGACAAAUAAUGAUUUCAGUUGAUAAUUUUAUAGUUUCUUUACAGACUUUUCCAAAAUAUGGCUAUAAUUUGUAUAUGCAUUAUGAAAUAUUAAUAAUUGUUAGUAUUAAAAUCAAUUUUUAUUUUGAUUUUUCAAUUCUGGAACAUCUUAAAAAAAAAAAAAUGAGAAAAAAUAAAUAAAAAAGUAAAUUGUCAAUGGUAAUAAUAGUUCGCUGAAGACGAACCGUUUAAUGCUGAAUAAAGUACGAUUUUAUUUACUACGUUACAGUUAUGAGACAAUACAUUAUACUUGCCGAAGGAAAUGUACGAAUUAUUGUUGGCGUACGAUUAAGAUUUUAUAGUUUCGUUAUAAACGAUUUCUUAUACGAGGUGAAUAAAGUAUAACGUUAUAAGUGAAUUUUUUCGUAAAUUACUGCACAUGUUGAUUUCAUUUUUUGUUUAAUUAAACAGAACUAAUAGACUAUAUUUAUUUGCCAUAUAUUAUGCUUUCAACAAGUCAUUAACCAAUUUGAAUAUAAAGAAAAUAUCUCAUUCCUAUAUAAAACGAAUAAGAAAAAAAAAUCAUUUCUUGAACUAUUGUCCUAGAAAAAUUUAUUGCAACGAUUGCUUAAUUUUAAAAUAUGAAAUCAAUGUAUGUAAUAAUUAUUGAAAAACCAGCGUAUAACAUUGUACUUGACUCACUCUAUGGUAUAUACCCUAUGUUACACUCUUUAAAGAACGAAGAAAUGUUAGGGAAAAUUUGUUUGAUCUGCGAGACGAUGAGAACGGGAGAAGAGAAAGCGUAAACUUGGUCUCCAAUCAAUGUAAACUGAGAGUCCGGAUUAAAGGCACGAAAUAAAUCUGGAUAAAUCUUCGAAUUCGAUCUGGAUAUUCGGCGAGUCAUAGCUUCAGGCGAGAAUAAAAGAGCGUUUCACCCUAAAAAGGACAGUGAUGACAAACUAACAGCAAUGUUAAGAAACAAAAAGCACAGCAAUCGUUAUUUUCAUUUUGUUCGUUUUAUUUAUUCUUCUGUUGUGUUGUAUGAAAAUAUCUGUCCAAAAAAUGAAUAAACGGUUUCUCGAUGGGGGGGGGGGGGGGGAUUGAAGAAAAAGACAUUGAACUAUGUUCGCUGUACUAGAAUCGCUGUAAAAGUUAGUCAAGGUUAACACGAACAUACCUAGGAAAUUAACGGUAUAUUGAAAAUGGAAAUUCGAUCGAGAUGUUGAUCGGUUGACAAAUUAUUAAUACGCAGAAAUAUAAGUAGAGAUCGCUUGAAUUUUAAAUUAAUAUUUUUUGGAACGAUCAUAGAGUUCCUCAGCGGGGGCAGAACAAAAUUUCUAAUAAUAUGGUCUUGAUUUAACUGGAAUGAAUCACGAUUAGCGGUAAAUCGCAAUCUGUUAUCGCAGUAUAGAAAACGUUAAACUCGAAACGUAAAGGUGAGGAGAUAACCGAGUAGGAACAACGGAUACUAUAAAUUAAAACGAAAAAAAAAAAAAAAAAGAAAAGAAAUCAUGUACCCAUUCGGUUUUAAGUU